GGCAGGAGAUCUUCUGCGACUCAAUGAAGACAAAUCCGGUUCCAUGGUUUCGCAAGUUCGAGCUCACGCUGCAGCUCCACAACGUCAAGGAACACAAGCACCACACAUACUUGUACUCUAGCUCAGGGGGCGCGUGCCAGGCUUGGUUGGACAACCUGUUGUCCAAGUAUAGCGUGGUAGCCAACGACUUACACACCAACAUCAGUUGGGAUGAUCUGAAGGCGGCGUGGCACAAGCGGUUCCAGGUGGAGCCGCCGGAGAUCAAAGUCAUGGACAAGCUUAUGGUCUUCGAGCAAGGCACGCUGCCGAGUACGGACUGGAUUGCUGAGUACCAACGCUUGACCGACAUAUCGUCUUCAAGUGGUUCUUCACGGGAUUCGGCACACGAGUUCAACAUAGAGGCAUUGGACCUGCUCACGUCCGAGGACUUUGCAUGGCUUCCUCUCCUCACCGUAGGCCGCUUGCCGGGACCACAAUGCGCAGCACUUAGCACGCAUCUCCACACUUACUUAUCCUUCUAUGCACCACCAACUUCGCCGACGGAUGACGAAGUCGCGGUGGGGGACAUCCUUGCGUAUACUACCAAGGUGGCCCGCGAGUUUCUCACUCAGCAGUACGAUGACAACAACGCACCGCUCAUGUAUGUCCGCAUUCAGGUUGGGCAAGCGUCCUGCAGCGCUUUGCUGGAUAGAGGCGCGUCUUGCAAUUUCAUGAGUCAGUCCUUUAUGCAAAAGGCUGGCCUUGCCGCACUAGUUCGGAGGAAGGCAAACCCGACGGCGAUCAAGUUGGUGGAUGGAAAAACGCAACAACUUCUCGACAAUUACAUCGAGGCCGUACCGGUCUACUUCGCACCUCAUGCAUGCGAACCAGUGAUAUUCGAUAUUCUCGACACGGACUUCGACAUCAUUCUGGGAAUGCCUUGGCUUGCAAGUGCGGAUCACACAGUUAAAUUUCAUCGGCGGACUCUUAGCGUUUGCGACGCCUUCGGCGGGGAAGUGGCGUGUACUAUUGCUCUACCGCACCCUUCGAUCCGGUGCCAAGUGGUGACGGCCAAAUCAUUCCGGGCGACUUGCACUUACGAGCAGCCCGAGGAGAUGGGGCUAUGUUUCCUACGGACCGUCGCAGUAGUUGAUUCUUCACCCACGGACUUGUCUUCGGACCCCCGUGUAGUGUGGUUGCUGGACGAGUUCGCCGACAUCUUCGAGCCUUCUACUGGUGUGGUGCCGGAUUGGCCAAUCUCUCACGAGAUCAUCCUUGAGGCCGGUGCCGUGCCGCCGAAAGGUUGCAUCUAUUGGAUGAGCGAGGAGGGGCUUGAGGUCCUCCGCGCACAACUCGACGAUUUGUUGGUCAAGGGUUGGAUCCGCCCUAGUAGCUCUCCAUAUGGAGCACCAGUUCUCUUCGUGAGGAAGAAGAACAAGGAUCUACGACUGUGUAUUGACUACCGCAAGCUCAACGCGCAAACCGUCAAGAAUGUGGGGCCUCUUCCUCGCAUCGACGAUCUUCUUGAGCGAUUGGGCGGCGCAAAAUAUUUUUCUAAGUUGGAUUUGAAAUUGGGAUAUCAUCAAAUCUCGACCCAGCCAAACGAUCGCUACAAGACCGCGUUCAAGACGCGGUACGGGCAUUUUGAGUGGGUGGUCAUGCAUUUUGGCCUCACCAACGCCCCAACGACCUUUCAGGCGGCAAUGACCAAUGAAUUCCGUGCAAUGUUAGACCGGUUCGUGCUGGUCUACCAAGACAAUAUUCUCAUCUAUAGACGGUCAUUGGAGGAUCAUCUUGGGCAUCGUCGACGAAUGUUGGAGAUGCUCCGCCGCGCCAAGUACAAGGCCAACCGCGACAAGUGUGAAUUUGUCCAGCAAGAGCUCGAAUACUUGGGCCAUUUUGUCACACCGGAGGGCAUCAGUCCGCUAUCGGAUAAGAUUCAGGCCAUCCAAGAGUGGUCGGAGCCUCGGAACGUCACGGAUAUCCGCUCGUUCAUCCGUCUUGCCGACUACUAUCAAUGCUUCAUAAAAGGUUACUCGAAGAUCGCGGCCCACUUGAGUAAACCGGAAAUUCCAUUAUCACUUUCCUGAAGGCGUCUUCCACUGCACCAUACAGAGCGGCAAGGGCAGCGACGGGGACCUGCUGGCAACGUCU